AUGGCCGCCGCAUACAAGCCUACUGAAGCGAUCGCGCUCAUUCGACCAACAUUCGUCUUACCGCGCAUCCGGGCCUCAAAUCGCAGAGCGCAUAUCGGGCGCGUCGCCUUCUCCACCACCCACCAUGCACAAGCCACGCAUACGUCGACGAGCAGUCCGACGCCAAAACCGCAAAGAAAGUCGAUUUCUUUGACCGGCGACACCGGCCAAGUCCGAUGGUCUGAUCUGUCACCGGGCGAAAAGGCAGUGCGGACCACCCAGCAGAGCUUCAACCUUGUAGUGGUCCUGGUGGGCAUAGUAGCAACUGGCGGCGUGGGCUACUUCCUCUUCUCCGAUGUCUUCAGUCCCUCCUCCAAGACUGCCUACUUCAACCGCGCAACGACGCUUAUACGCCAGGACCCCCGAUGUCAAAAGCUGCUGGGUCCAGGCGCCGAAAUUGCUGCUUUUGGUGAAGGCUCUUGGUCGCGAUGGGCGCGCAAUCGCUACCUCAGCAGUACCGAAGAGACUGACAAGUGGGGCACUGAGCAUCUGCGCUUCAGAUUCUACGUCGAGGGGCCGUUGGGACAGGGCGUGGUGCAUGUACAUUUGACUAAGAGACCAAGUCAGACUGACUACGACUACGAGACGCUUGCCGUGGAUGUAAAGGGUCAUCAGAGGAUUGAUCUGGUUUCCGAAAACAAGAAGGACAAGGUUGCGCCCAAGAUUUUUGGCGCGCGGUGGUGGUGA